AUGGCUGAAAUGAUGCUGAAAACGGUCUGUGUUUUAUUGCUCGUCGCGUCGUUGGCCCACGGCAAGGAGACGACCUACAUUACGGACGAUGUGUCCGUUUCGGAGCUGUUUUCUUUGCGUGUGGAACCGCGUAUGUUUAACUGGACGUACGAGGGGCUGAACGAGCAGUUUCUGUACCGCUCAACGCUAGAAGGUUAUCCGGAUCUUCCGUCCUGGGUGCGCUAUAUGUACAGCCCGGAAUACCAUUCCGGCUUCCUGUACGGAACACCGCCCUUUCGGACGGCCGACACUCGUGUACCGAUCGAAAUCAUCGCCCUGAACCGGCUGACGUACGAAACAAAACGGCUCGUGCUGAUACUGGCCGUGCAUCGCAAACAACCGGCAAAGCAUAUCAUCCAGAUGAAGAUUGACAAUUUGAACUGGGUCCACAUGAUGGAUCCGGGUCGCAUCGAGAACCUGAAAAACAUUUUUCGCAACGAUUUGUGGCCCGAGAGUCGUGCUGAUCUGCAUGUCAUCUUUAUGGAUUCCGCCGUCAAACUGGGCGCCCGUUUACCCUUGCGACCCCAGCAACGAGAAGGGGUGGUGGUGCACCUUGGGAGUAGCAUCGAGUUUUCUAUGCGCAUGCUGGAGCUGCAGGAGGAAGUGAAACCACUGUACAAGAUAUCUUCCUGCACGUACAAACGGACCUCAGUGCAGACGACGUUCGAAAAUUCGGGAUUCAAGCUGGAUUGGUGUGCUUUCCGGCUGGUCACCACGGAGGAUGACAUUACCGCGUUGCCGCAUCAUCCGAACGAAAGCCACAAACACGCCGGCGGACGGAAGACCGAUCAUCAGCACUUGCUGUCCCACUUCCCGGAUAAGUGGGAUGCUCCGCUCAAGUCGGAAGUGCCAGAACGGAACUACAGUGAUGAGAUUGCCAUAUCGUUCGCCAUUCCGGGGAUGUUUUUUGCCCUCCUGCUUUGCGGUCUGACCAUCAUCCUUUGCUUCCAACACGAAAAACUACAUGACGACGAUUCAGAGUAUUAUUUCAAUUAUGUUUUCUACAUAUGCACUGACUUCCUUAGAAUGCAAAAAUCUUCCCGUACCGAAUACAGCCCUGCUGCGCCGAAUGUUCAGAUGGUGCAGUAUUCGCCAGACGAUAUCAAGUCUACUAUCAAGCUGAAAAGUUUGCGGGAUGCACCGUUCGAUGAUUGUCACUCCAUCAGUCCCACGGAAAGUUACUACCGUGACGGAAGUCCUCAUAUCGGUAACAUGUACAUGCGUCCAAAACCUCCACCUUACAAGCUGGCGGGUAAUGUUGCAGCAGCCAACUCGUCGCCGCCGUUAAAGCGCAACGGUCACUUCGAGAUAUGACAAACGGAGCCACGCAUUCUGUUCUGCUAAUCGGUCC